GCCAGCAACACACUUCCUCUAAAUACCUUCAUUGCCGUCUAUUGCCAUAUCUAAGAAGUAGCAGUGAGGCAUACAGUGAAACGGGCAGCAGCUCGGUGUUUAGGUGUGCUGGUCGUCAUUGGCUGAACCCACUUCCUGACUGUCUCUUCUCGACCGUUUCACGUUGACUGACAGACUCGCGUCGACCGCGCUCGGUUAGUCUUGUUAAGGGUUAGCCUUGGACGAACAAUAACUCGUAACGAGACGCGGGAUAUGUCGCAGGCGCGGAUAUACGCUGACGUCAACGUGCAGCGGCCCAAGGAGUAUUGGGACUACGAAGCGCUGACUGUGCAGUGGGGCGACCAGGACGACUACGAGGUGGUGCGCAAGGUGGGGCGGGGGAAGUACAGCGAGGUGUUCGAGGGGGUCAACGCGGUCAACAGCGAGAAGUGCAUCAUCAAGAUCCUCAAGCCCGUCAAGAAGAAAAAGAUCAAGCGAGAGAUCAAGAUUCUCCAGAACCUGUGUGGCGGGCCCAACAUCAUCCGGCUGCUGGACAUCGUGCGCGACCCGCAGUCCAAGACGCCGUCGCUGGUGUUUGAGUACGUGAACAACACGGACUUCAAAGUGCUCUAUCCCACACUCACGGACUACGACAUCCGAUACUACAUCUACGAGCUGCUCAAGGCGCUGGACUUCUGCCACUCGCAGGGCAUCAUGCAUCGGGACGUGAAGCCGCACAACGUGAUGAUCGACCACGAGCAGCGCAAGCUGCGCCUCAUCGACUGGGGGCUGGCCGAGUUCUACCACCCCAACAAGGAAUACAACGUCCGCGUGGCUUCGAGGUACUUCAAGGGUCCCGAGCUCCUGGUGGAUCUGCAGGACUAUGACUACUCGCUGGACAUGUGGAGCCUGGGGUGCAUGUUCGCUGGCAUGAUCUUUCGCAAGGAGCCCUUCUUCUACGGCCAUGACAACUACGACCAGCUUGUCAAAAUCGCCAAGGUGCUAGGAACGGACGAGCUGAACAGCUACCUGGGCAAGUACAGCAUCAUGCUGGACCCGCACCUGGAGGCACUGGUGGGGCGGCACAGCCGCAAGCCGUGGUCCAAGUUCGUCAACAGCGAGAACCAGCACCUCGUGUCACCAGAGGCGGUGGACUUUCUGGACAAGUUGCUGCGGUAUGACCACCAGGACAGGCUCACAGCACGAGAGGCCAUGGCCCAUCCUUAUUUCUAUCCUGUGCGGCAACAGGAGGCACAGGCAGGCCGACACAAUUAGUGGUCUGUUGCAUGAAAAUGCCACGCCUGGCAUGGUGCCAUGCCACAAUGCCCUAAUAAACAAACCUAGCAAUCGAGCAUGUCAUUUUACAAUGCUCUCUGUACGUCGAAUAAGUCUGUUGGAAAUACCUCAAAGGACUUGAGCGUUUCUGAAGUGUAACACUACACUCGAGGAAGAUCGCAACGGGUACGCGAGUCAACGGAGGUUACACGAGGGGAUGGACAAAGAACGCAAAGGGACUCGAAAGGUCGCAACUGGAGGUUGCGACUGACCGUUACAACUGCACGAAUGGUAACCGAAGCGACAAUCGAGUCGCUGUGCGACUCGAUAACCGCUCCUGCAACUGUAUUCUAGAACUGCUUUGCUUU